UGAUUUUAGUGAGUUUAUAAUUUUUUUUAGUGUGUUGUAAAUUUACGAGUUGAAGUUUAAAUUGUUUUUAUUUUUCGAUAAUUAGAACAAAAUGUUUUUAAAAGAAUUCAAAAUUAAAGGGAAGAAUGCAUUGAAGACGUCCGAACGAAAAAAUUUACAUCAAACGAUUUUAAAACAAUAUCCAAAUAUAACACAGGAAAAAUUACGGGAAUAUAUGCCAUUAACGGACACACUUUUUAAAAUACGAAUAUGCACCUGUAAAGGAAUUCAAUUAUAUGUAUAUUUAGUCGAUCAGAAGCCCACAUUCUUCAAAUUAGAUUACGACGAUCAUUUAUAUCCAACUGUCUUCACAUUAUGGACAUGGACAUCUUUAUUACCGGCAUUUACCACCUACAAAGAAGUAUGGCCACGAUUGUUGAAUGGAGCGGAUUUAAUGUGCCCUGGUGUUUUAACAAAACCGCAACCAAAUUCCAAUCACCAUAAAUGGGGUACACAUCCAAAAGGGCAACUGGUUUACAUCAAUUUAACGUCAAAUGAAUCCGCACAUGCUGUGGGCAUUACGGCAUUGUCUAGUGAUGAUAUGUUUAUGUCCGCUGGACGGGGUAAAUGUGUUAAGAUCUUACAUAGGUAUUCAGAUUUUUUAUGGCGAUUAUGUCCGUUACCUGUCCCUGAAGUUGGUCCACCACAAUGGUUAUACGAUUGUGGUCAAAUGUAUGAAAAAUUAACUGCUCAAUAUUAUCAAACAUCAAUCAGUGAUUAUGUAAAUGAAAACACAGAUGACGAUGCAAAAGCUUCUGAAGAAGACAUAAUCGGAAAUACAGAAACACCAAAUAAUAUUGAGAAUGAAGUGAAUAAUGAGUCAGACAAUGAUGAUACUGAAUCAAAAUUAGAUCCAACAUCAUCCUCGAUAUCACCUAGUGAAGAGAUGGAUACACGCUUAAAAUAUAGUCUAUGUAAAGUUAUUAAGUUACAUUUUAAAUCAAUCAAAUUACCUAUGUUAGUAUCAACAUUUUAUCGUAAUUACAUGUUACUCGCGGUACCGGAACACCUAAAAAUCAACAUUAAACAAUCAUCGUAUAAAAAAUUGAACAUCUUCCUAAAAGAAAUGCAAAUAUUAGGAUUCUUAACAUUCACCGAAGUGAAAUUAGUACAAUAUAUUCAGACGUUAAAUAACACACAUCCGGAUGUAAUUGGCUUUAAACUUUGGGAUAAUGAUACAAUUACGGGAGCGGAAACGAAGAGUGCAGAGGAAUCAACGCCAGCGUUAAAUACGACAGUUGUACCAAAUGAAUUCUUUUCGGUGACAAUGCCUGUUUUGAGGUUAUUUAAUUAUGCUGGAUAUAGUCGUGGAGAUAUGAUUACACCGAAGGAUAUUCGAAAACAUUUAACGUUUUAUGUCAAAGAACAUCAACUAGCUGUUAAAGAUAAAAUUCAACCAGAUGAAUUUAUAGAAUCGUUAGUGAAAACAAAAGAAUUAACAGCAUGGGCGGAUGUAAUAAAUGCUAUAGCAGGACAAAUGACCCCAUAUCAUGGUAGCACAACAGAGAAAGUUGAACGUGGAAAAUUACGACCCAUACAAAUGUGUGUACAAACACGCAGCGGUAAUAAAAAAGUCACCCUUGUCGAUAACUUAGAAUUAUUUAAUAUCAAUGUACAAGAGUUCGCAAAACAAUGUCAACAAGGUGUUGGUGCCAGUGCAACGGUUCAAACUCCAACUGGAAAAAAAUUAGCACAGCUAUUAGUUCAAGGAAAUCAAAUUUUAUUUAUUCACAAAUUAUUAACAGAAAAGUAUAAAAUUCCAAAAAAUAUGGUAAAUGGUUUACAAAAGUUUCAUAUCACUACUGGUAUCUGA